AGAAAAAUCGCCAAUCAUGAAUCAUCGUGUUUGAUGAUUUGCGUUAAAGUUCGAAGCGAAAAAAAAAAUUUGAAAUUCAAUUAACAUUAUUGAUCCAUUGGAUAGUAAAAUGAAAGUCAAAGUAAAAAAUUGGUCAGCUGUUGCAAUAUGGAAAUGGAUUGCUAAUGAUGAUAAUUGUGGUAUUUGUCGAAAUGCAUUUGAUGGUUGUUGUACUGAAUGUAAAAUGCCCGGAGAUGAUUGUCCAUUAGUAUGGGGAAAAUGUUCACAUUGUUUUCAUAUUCAUUGCAUUAUGAAAUGGUUAACAUCACAAAAUGUACAUCAACAAUGUCCAAUGUGUCGACAAGAAUGGAAUUUUAAAGAAUAACAAAAAAAUCAGUAUUAUUUAAUUCAAAUAAUGGUCCCAUUUAAAAAAACAUAAUUAUUUCAACAAUUUAACAUGAUAAAAAUUCAAAUAAAUUCAACAACAAAAAAAAUAAUCAACAACAGAAUCAGAAAUGAUCAUAUCUUAAGAAGAUUCAAU